UACUAUGAGUGACAAUAGUAAUGAUAAAUCAUCGCUCAGACGGGACGGUGUGAUUCCCGAUGUUAUUGACUCCGAGCCUAUCCAUAAAAUCAAUUUAAAAUAUUCGUCGGGAGUUGAGGUAAACUAUGGCACAGAACUGAAACUGUCUGAAAGCAAGGAUGUGCCACAAGUCGACUGGCCUACAGAAACGGGCGUUUACUAUACUCUUAUGAUGAUCGAUCCGGACGCACCAUUUCGAUCGAAACCAUUACUUAGUCCAAUCAAUCAUUGGACAGUUAUGAACAUUCCCGGAACUGAUAUCAGUAAAGGCCGGACAGUGUGCGGAUAUAGAGGAGCCGGAGCGCCACCGUUGGGUGGUUUGCAUCGGUAUAUAUUUUUGGUGUACAAACAGUCAAACGGUAUUAUUGAGACAAAUGGGACUCCCGUUCUCAACGAAUCGUUCAGAACUCGUAUUAAAUUUAAUAUUAGAGAAUGGACUAAAUCUAACAAUUUAGGCGAACCGGUAGCUGUCAAUUAUUUUCAAUCCCAGAGCCAGCGAUCAUGUAUUAUAUUAUAAUUUU